GUUCGUUCUAUUGUUAAAGUGCCUUCUGUCAAGUGACCGCACCAGUAACAAUCCAAUAAAGCAAUAAUAAGGCAACGCAGCACCGGUGAACCCACUCGGAAAUUGUAAGUGUUGAAGAUCAUCGAACUUGCUCACUUCGCUCUGGAUCUCAAGGGGAAUUAAAAGAUUUCACAGAACAAUUUUAGAUCUAGGGUCAGCAGGAAGCAGUGGAAUGGGAUCGACUCAAGAUAUGCCUCUCAAUACCACAGAAACCUAUCAAUCCCCCAACUACCCUAGAAGAUACCCGAACAACUACUACGACAAAAGAGCUUACAGAUGCCAAAAUAACCUGACACUUUCGUGUCCCGUCGUUCGAAUCCAGUGGUCUAACGGUUGCUGGAAAGAUGCCCUGACGGUUUCAGGAAACCGAGACCAGUCAGUGUGCGGACAGACGUCGCUGUCGUACUUCGUCCCAGGUAACACGUGGCUUACCAUCGUCUUCAGGACGAACUUCCUCAUAAGAGACAGAGGGUUCCAGUGCACCCUCACAUGUCCUCCUUGA